CCACAGUGACAACACACCUUUUACAAUACAAUAUACUGUCAAUUGAAUGAAGAGAUUGAAAUCAGUGUGUUUAUAGAACGUUAAACACAAUGCGUAUCCCUUUGAAUGGGUCAGUUUAUUUCAAUAUUUAGUGCUACGAACAUCAGGUGGUGAAGAUGUCCGCGGAUUCGUCACACAUUAAACGUCCGAUGAAUGCGUUUAUGGUGUGGUCAAGAAUACGAAGGAAGCAUAUCUCGACAAAUUAUCCUCGACUGCAUAAUUCGGAAAUCUCCAAGUUGUUGGGGGCCGAAUGGAAGUUACUGUCCGAGUUGGACAAGCGACCGUUUAUUGACGAGGCGAAAAGGUUAAGAAGCCAGCAUAUGUUAGAUCAUCCAGGUUAUAAGUAUAGACCUAGAAGAAAGCCGAAGGGGGAUAGGGAUCAGAUGAAAACCGGGGGAAGGUUAAUUUAUAAUGGCGUUCCGUAUGCUGAUCCUAUUCAGCAAGCUUUAAAUCGAGCUUUUUAUGGAAGCAUGCCUAUUCCAGAAAGUUUUCCUACAUUCCCACCUAUGCCGCCACUACAAGAAAAUAAGCCAUUACCAGCUCUUACCGCGAAAAUUACCCCUCAUCCAUCACACAGUCUACACCACCCAAUCACCUUUCCACCGUUACCACAACACGACUUGGAGGAAAACCAUCCGGAAUUGUUACAGAUGCACUACGAGAAACUUGAACAAGAAAAAUUGGCGUUACCUUCGUACACGAGUCUUGCUGGUAGUCUUCAGCACAGAGCCCUAAUGCGUGCAGCUUCAAUUUAUGCGUCGGCCUGCAGCGAAAUCGCAUCGACAUCCUCGCCGCUAUACUUCAAGCCAUUAUAAUGUUAAUUAUAUUAAACGCUAAUGACGUACACGGAAUACCAACGACGAUCCUAUAGUGUUUAAUAUAAUAACGACCAAUUUACAUAGGUAAUAGGUGUAUCAUUUACAGAAUAGUUAAUCAAUACCUAGUUGUUCCACCCUCACUGUAUCAAUAGUUUGAUUGUGUACACCCAAUAUACAUAAUGGAAACAAUGAACGUAAACAUGCAAUUGUACGUAAUUGUCAACCGCUAUACAUAUCCCACAAUGAGAUGAAAUAACAAACAGUUCCCGGAAAUUAUUGCGAUCCUAAAUAUUGUGUAACUAUCCCUUCA